CUUCGCACUACAGCUAUUACUUCUAGGAAGGCAAGUGGAAUACAGGAUGAAGACCGUUAAUUGUUACGUGCUGUUACUUUGCUGGAAAGCAAUUUGCUGCAACAGCUGUCAGCUCACCAAUAUUACCAUAGCAGUGGAAAGAGAAGAAUGUGAAUUCUGCAUUACGGUGAAUGCCACGUGGUGCUCAGGAUACUGCUUCACAAGGGACCCAGUAUAUAAAUACCCACCAGUGUCAUUUGUUCAGCAAACCUGUACCUUCAAGGAGGUCGUGUAUGAAACAGUGAAGAUCCCUGGCUGUGGUGAUCAUCCUGAAUCUUUUUAUUCAUACCCAGUAGCUACAGAAUGUCACUGUGACACCUGUGACACUGACACCACUGACUGCACUGUGAGGGGACUGGGGCCAUCCUACUGUUCCUUCAGUCAGAAUGGAAGUAACCAGUGAAGGGUACUGGAGAGAGCAGUUUGGCUUUACAUGUUCCCUGCUAAGUAAAGGUACUGUUCAGGCUUAAAUGGAAGAUAACAGGCUACGCUAUUUAGAAACUGCCAAGACUGAAACAAAGAUUUUUAAGGCCAAAAUGAAGAGCUACGGACUAAACUGCUCUUCAGGCCUUUCUUACUUCACCUAUCAGUUGCCUUAAAGUCAUUUUCAUAGGUCUGUAAAAUGCUUCUUCUGCCAAUUUCUUCUGCCCUUUCCCCCUCCUCCUCUUUAUCACAACUUUGUUAUUUAUAUUCCUGUAUUUCCACUGCCUGGUUCACAUAGAUUAUGCUAUGCGUUUCUGUGCUUUCCAAAAGUUCCCAAGUUUCAAGUCUUUAUUAUCUCCUGCUUUUCAUCUCUCCUAGGAACACAUUUAUUUUAAAAAGGCCUUGCUGCUGGUUGUGGUUCUAUUAGCUGGAUUGUAAACCUCACUCAGCUGAGAUCCUGACUGAUUUUUCUUUGCAAAAUCUUUCCUAUAGUCGUUAUGCUCUGCAAAUAAUAACAGCAUGUAUAUUUAAGAGCCAAAAUCUAUGUUCAAAUGUUGAAUGUCACCUGAAUUCUUGUACUUUCUCAGUAAGGCUUGUUAGUUCAGCCUCAUUGUCACAGUAACACAAGUAACAUGAACUCUAGUUUGUACCUGGUUUACUUGAAAAAAUCAUCAGCUCUGGUUUCACCUGAGUGCAGAAUGUAGAAAAGAUAAAUGUUUAGCAUCAUUUAACAUAGGAGUCUCAAAAGUUAUUUAGGGAUGAAUCUAGAGGCACCUGACCCCAGUACUGCAAACAUGGUGUGAUAAUGUGCCUUGAAAGCCAUUCACAGGAGUCCCUUCAGAAAUGGAAGUUCACAGAACUCUGCAGCAGCCUAAUUCUGCAAAUACCAGUAUGAAGUUGGGGUGGUCUGGAAGUAAGCUGGAGAACUGACUGAAUCAGAAUGGGAAAUUACCUCACAUUAUUGAGAAAAUUAUAUGAAGCCUACAGAAGGAAAUCCUAUGGGGAAAAUGAAAACAGAACGUUCUUCAUCAGAAAAAUCACCUGCACAGCCAUGGAAUGGAAACAACGGAUUCAGCAGCAGUUUGGCACUGCAGGCUUGGUGGUUAGACAAGCAAAGUGAGAGUCAACAGCAUCCCAGCGCUGCAGAAAAGUGGGAAUGCAAGGAGCAGAGCCUGCAAGACACAACCUACAUCCACCACUCUGUUCUACAUGGUAGGGCCUUGGCUGAGUGGUUAUUUCUAGCUUUGAACACAGAACUUCAGCACGUUGAAAAACUGGAGGAAACUGACAGAAGAAUAAUAAGAAUGGCGAGAGGCCUAAAAAACAUCUUAGGAGAAAAAGAUUUAAAUAAAUGUGGUUGUUUUACUUAGGGGCAGGAACACUUAGGGGAAAUAUUAGCAGAACAUUCUACAUGCUUGAGGACUGUUACACAGAACUAAGAACCGUCAGUUCUCCAUGUCCAAAGAGAACAGAACAACCAAUGAAAGAUUCAGAGUAGUCACUAGCAAAUCUUCUGAAAGGUACAGACACCUAGGCACUGAAAUAAACUGUCGGGGGCAGUGGAGAAGGAGGGAGCGAGGGAGGGAAGGAAGGAAGGAAGAGUGUGGGCUCUGUGGAUUAGUGACCACUACAGGUCUUCAAGACCACAUGGAACCUGUUAGGAAUGACAGACAAAGCUAAUUCAGCACAAUGCAGGGGAAUGGAGUAGUAGUUUUCUGGCAUGUCUGCUUUUGAGACCCUUACAGACAUGCUUAUUUAAGGAGAAUUUGCCUGUUACUCUGAAUCUGUCUUAUAACAGAUAAUAGAUAUUUUACCUUAUUUAGUUUUUAGCUUUUUUUACUAAAAGGUAUUCGUUCUCUUGAUUUUAUUUAUAAGAUUUAUAUGCAUGGACAUUUUCUUUGGUCUAGUGAAGCUUUAGAAGUAGUAAAGUAAUAGAUAAAUCACAUGGGGUCUCACUCAUUUCAGUUUUAAACAUGAGUCAGUUUCAGUUAAAACUAAGCAUAUUUUUAAUAUCAGUAAUUGUUCCAUUCUAAAUGAGAGAAUUUUGAA